AUGAGCCGGGUCUUGCUCUCAUCAGACAACCACAAGACCAGCGUUGGACACAACGCAGCCGUUGUCGAGUACUGCACGCUCAAAGAGGGGCCUCUCAGCUAUCGGCCGAUGGCGAAGCCGAAGGGCAGGAGGCAGCCAACUGGUGGUGUAGUUGGACGCCCUUCCAAGUCGGACAAGAGAGCCAAAACAGCAGCAGCGAGAGGUCCGUUGGCCCAGGAGAGACUCCAAGCUGAGCUCGAGCAGCAACGUGCAGCGCUCGCGGCGGACAGAGCAGAGAUGGCGCAGAGGGAGCAAGCGCUCAGAGCGAAGGAGGCUGCGUUCGCCAAGAAGGAGCAAGAAAUGGCGCGCGCCGCUGCACCGCGGGAAAUGCGUGAGCAGCAGGAUGUUGAGCGCGUCCAAGCAGCAGCUGCUGCUGCGGCGGAGAAGGUUGCUCAGGGCCUGGACUACAUGGACACAUCUGUGCACGAGGUGAAGCCGAAGAAGGGCGAGGUCUGGACCCAGUUGCAGUCAAGGAUGGUCCUCAUGCUACUCUUCGACCUCCGCAAGGGAGGUUGCUCUGAGAAGGAGGCGGUGUUGAAGGUCGCGCGCACUUUCAAGAUCGGCCACGACAAGGUCAGACGCAUCAACAACCACUGGUGGGAUCACCGCCAGUUGUACGAGACCACCGCCGUGGGGAGAGGCAAGACGGCAAAGAAGGAUGAUGGGCGACGCCGCCUCACCGAAGUACAAGAAGAUCAACUUCGCGAGUUCAUCAAUGACGAGCACAAGGCCGGUCGUCAAGUCUUUCGCCGCACGGUGGCAGAAUGGAUGCACAGGACUUGCAACAUGGAGCAGCCGUCCAACGGUUCGGCAGGAGGGCUGCUGAGUAGGCUCGGCUGCAAGCGUCGUAGAGGCAGGAUCAAAACGCCACCGUUAAAAGCCGAAAGACUUGCUCGCAUUCGUCGGUUUCUUGUUGAGAUGGUCAUGGCAAAGAGGGCAGAGGAUGCUGGGUUAGCAGUGAUCGUGUACGUGGAUGAGAGUUUUGUCCACCAGGCUCAUGGUUCCCCCUAUUCUUACUUUCCUUCGGACGACGAUGGAGUUGUGCAGGAUGGGAUUGGUCGCACAACGGGGAAGGGCUUGCGCAUGAUCAUGGUGCAUGCAAUCACGAAGUGGGGGCCGUUGGCUAAGCUUUGUGAUGGGUUACCGAUCGAAGAGGGCUGGUUCAAGGAAACGGGUAGCGGCAAGAAGGAAAUGGAAGAUGAGGAGACAGUAGAGUUUCUGUGGCAGGCUACGUUGGCAAAGGGCGAUUACCACGCAGCAAUGACCGACUCGAUGUUCAUGGAGUGGCUUGAACACCGCCUUAGCCCUGCGUACAACGCGAUCCCGGAGUUCAAAGGCAAGCGGAUGGUUCUUGUUCUUGACUACGCCUCAUACCACCAUGGAUUUGACGCGGAAGUCAAAAGUGCCGGAAACCAACACCAAGAAGCACAACGUCGAUCUGUUGCGUAUGUUUGGGGCCAAGUCGAUCAGGGUUAGGCGUAAGGAGGGCGAACAGGGCGUUGUUGAGUACAACUUCGAGGUACCGACAGAGCCUGGUUCUUCAUUCCCUGCAGGGAACAGGGAGGGCGGUG